AUGCAAUGCCAACACACUUGUUUUGUCCUCACAGCAGAUCCAAACAACUGCAUCCCUUGCAAAGACUACGAGUGGUCCAGCAACCGCAGCACGUCAUGCCAAAACCGGACGGUGGUGUUCUUGAGGUAUGACCAGCCGGUCUCCAUUGUCCUGUCCCUAGCCACCAUCUUCAGCAUAUUACUGUGCGGCUGCACACUGGUUCUGUUUGCCUGCCACUACGACACCCCCGUGGUGAAGUCCGCCGGCGGCAAGAUGUCCCUCCUCAUACUUUGUUUCCUGGGCCUGUCCUCCAUCAGCAUCUUCUUCUUCAUCGGGCGGCCUUCGCCCACGUCGUGCAAUCUGGGCAUCCCGACAUUCCUCGUGUUCUACACCGCCACUAUGUCCUGCCUGACGGUUCGCGCCUUCCAGAUCGUCUCCGUCUUCAAAAUGGCCGCCAGGUUGCCAAGGGCGUACGAAUUCUGGGUCAAACAUGGCGGACAGUGGGUGAUAGUUUCAAUCUGCACGAUCACUCAGGUUUUCUUGAGCAUCUUGUGGAUGAGCAUCAGUGGUCCCCAGCCUGGGCAGAUGAAGCCCAACAGGGAAAUAGUCUUGUUUUGCACUUUGGGCAUUUAUUAUUUCCUGUAUGCUAUGUUUACUUUGGUAGUGCUUCUCAGUGUACUCUGCUUUUCUUUUAGCUAUAUGGGGACAGACCUUCCAAAAAACUACAAUGAAGGUAAAGCUGUUACUUUCUGCUUGCUCAUUUUCUUUAUAUCCUGGACCCUAUUUCUCACACUGUUCUCUGUUUUAGAGCAGAAAUACAUCAGCACGAUUAUUCAGUUCUCGAUUUUCUUCAGUGUCUUUGGUGUUUUACUUGGCUACUUUGGACCAAAAUGCUACAUCAUCAUUUUCAAACCUGAACGCAAUACAGCAACAUACUUUCAGGCUGCCAUCCAGACUUACACUCUACAAACCAGAUGAACUCCAGAUUGUAGUGAAAUAAUGUUUGGCAAAUCUCUCUCUCUCACACACACAUACACAGUCU